CCUCAACAAAGAUGGCGACAAUACUUCCUGUCUUGGGCUUUCGCCUUUAACAAAGAUGGUGCUUAUGGUGCAGGUUACCUAACAGUCUGGAUUCCAGUUGCAGUUUUUUUUUUUAAAGAUACGUGUUUGCAGACGGGGAAAUGGAGGCUAGAGACAAGCAAGUGCUUCGCUCCCUUCGCCUGGAGCUGGGUGCAGAGGUACUGGUGGAGGGACUGGUUCUGCAGUAUCUUUACCAGGAAGGGGUCUUGACAGAAAACCACGUUCAAGAAAUCAAAGCUCAAGCCACAGGCCUCCGGAAAACAAUGCUGCUGCUGGAUAUCCUACCUUCCAGAGGUCCUAAAGCAUUUGAUGCAUUCCUAGAUUCACUGCAGGAAUUUCCCUGGGUGAGGGAGAAGCUGGAGAAGGCAAGGGAGGAAGCCAUAACUGAGCUGCCUGCAGUUACUGGUAAUCUGGUACAGAUUAAACCCAGAAGGUCUAUCCAAAAAGCCACAGCUUCUGAGCACCUGACAGCCAUACACAGAACACAGCCACCUGACUCCGAAGAAGGCAGUGAAGAAGCAGAAGAUGACCAGAUAACUGGCAUCCCGCCGCACAUCCUCAACAGUUCUCCAUCGGACCGGCAGAUUAACCAGCUGGCCCAGAAGCUGGGCCCUGAGUGGGAGCCCGUGGUGUUGUCUCUGGGACUGUCCCAGACAGAUAUCUACCGCUGUAAGGCCAACCACCCCCACAACGUGCAGUCACAGAUGGUGGAGGCCUUCGUCCGUUGGAGGCAGCGCUACGGGAAGCAGGCCACCUUCCAGAGCUUGCACAGGGGGCUCCAGGCUGUGGAGGCAGACCCCUCAGUGCUCCAGCACAUGUUGGAAUGAUGCUGCCUCCAUCAGCCUGCUGGGGAGCACAUGCCCAAGUGGCAUGUGCCGAAUCCUGACUUUCACCCAGGGCAGGUAGUUGUGGGGUUUUAUUUUUAUUUUUUGGUCUUUUGUUUUCAAUGAUACUUAGAUGAACGGAGAAAAUAAGAUUUCUACUGGACAUUACUUGAAAGGCCAGAUUACUCAGUAGGUCUCCCACAUUGGCUUGAUAAUUCAUUGUUUUUAGUUCCUUGAAGAUUACAUUGGUUUAAUUGUGUGGUUGCCUUUUAAUAAAUUGGUAAAUCAUA